AUGGAGAAAUUAACAUUUCAGGCUCAUCCAAUUCUGAACCCAUUUCGAGCCACCUUAAUCAACGUAAAAGUCACUUUAUUGGCAUGCAGUUUUCGUGUAGUCAGAUUCGGUCAACUUAUUUUGUUAUUCACAGUAAACCCCGACCGAUUACCGCUUUCGCUUCCAAACCGUGCCAACCUGGCUCCGUGUACCCCUCAGAAUUUGGCCUCUUCAACAUCUGGUGCCAGAACUCAACCGGGUGCAUUUGUGUGCCCAGAAAACUACACAUGCAAGGGACACUGGGAAGGUCCGAAUUACGGGAUCACUAGUUUUGACAACAUAGGCUUUGCUAUGCUCACAGUCUUCCAAUGUAUUACCAUGGAGGGUUGGACGGAUAUUUUGUAUCACACGGAUGAUGCAAUUGGUGAUCGCUUCAAUUAUUUGUAUUUUAUUCCGUUGAUUAUUCUGGGCUCUUUCUUCAUGCUGAACCUGGUGUUGGGUGUGCUCAGUGGAGAGUUUGCCAAAGAGCGAGAGCGUGUUGAAAAAAGACGAGCUUUCCUGAAGCUUCGACGACAGCAGCAAACGGAGAAGGAAUUCAACGGCUAUAUGGAUUGGAUUCAGCGUGCA